AUGAACGAAGAGGACUGGAACGAAGAGGCCGGGGACAAGGCAUCACCAGGCCACCGGUCUCGUGGGCAGAGCAGCAAAAUGCUUUGGUGUGAAAUGAAGGCUAAGAUAGAGGAGUGUAAGAAGAAACAGCUAAAGAAUAAUAUUUUGCUUCUUCUGAUAUUGUUGAGUGAAUAUUGGUAUCAAAAGAAACCAGUAAAUGUGAGGAGAAUCUGUAAUGUAUCUUUGAUUGCUGCCGUUGGUCUUAAUGGACUAGUUUCUUUGAAAGACCAAAUGGCCCCUCGUCUGACUUUGGUACAGCCGCAGGCUUAUUCGGCAGCCCUGCGUUAUAUGCCAGUGUUACGUGUCUGUGGGAUUGCUGAGGGUGCCCUCUGUCCCGUCGUCCGGGUCAUGGGCAAAGUAGCUAAACUGCGCUGGGCCUGGUAUCAGUCAGUGGGUGCUGGUGAAAGGCCUAAAAGAAGUCAGCAUAGGCAGGAUCAUUUUGAAGGGUAUUCUAGGAGUAGAGAUACUGAUGAACAACCAAAGGCACAGCACUGGUCAAGGGGUGGAUUUGGUAGCAGAUGGAAUUUUGGAAACAGAGAUUUUCAAGAAAAUAACGUUGCAGGAGAUUCUAGUACACAAAACAGAGGUUUAAGAGGACUUCUUUGUGGCUUUGGACGGGGCGAGAGUACUGAAGAUGAGAAAAGAAACAGACCUCAGCCUGGCAUUUUUCCUGGCUCUAGAGGAAGAGGAGCAUUUGAAGGUCAUGCAGCAAGUAACUUUGAAAUGCUUUCUUUAACAGCACCUUACAAAGAAACCAGUGAAGAAAUGGGUUCUGAAAGAGGUCCAAAGGUGACUUAUGUGCCCCCUCCUCCGCCUGAUGAUGAACAAGCCAUCUUUGCACAUUACAAGACAGGGAUUAAUUUUGACAAGUACGAUGAAAAUGUUGUUGAAGUGUCAGGAAUUAGCCCUCCAGCACCAUUACUGACUUUUGAGGAUGCCAAUUUGUGUCAGACUUUAAAUGUGAACAUUGCUAAAGCUGGAUACUCUAAACUUACUCCAGUGCAGAAGUACGGCAUAAAAAAAGGACGAGACUUAAUGGCAUGUGCCCAGACAGGAUCGGGGAAAACGGCAACUUUUCUUCUACCAGUUGUGGCCCUCAUGAUGAGAGAUGGUGUAACUGCCAGUGCCUUUAAAGAGCAGCAAGAACCAGAAUGUAUUAUUGUCGCUCCAACUAGAGAACUGAUAAAUCAGAUCUUCCUAGAAGCAAGGAAAUUUGUGUAUGGAACUUGUAUAAGGCCUGUUGUGAUCUAUGGAGGUACACAAACAGGCCAUUCAAUUCGUCAGAUAGUACAAGGCUGUAAUAUACUAUGUGCCACUCCAGGAAGGCUUCUAGACAUUAUAGGAAGAGAGAAGAUUGCUUUGCAUAAUGUGAAGUACUUGGUGCUAGAUGAAGCAGACCGUAUGCUUGAUAUGGGUUUUGGGUUAGAUAUGAAGAAGCUGGUUUCUCACCCAAGCAUGCCACCAAAAGACAAACGUCAAACACUAAUGUUCAGUGCCACUUUUCCUGAAGAAAUUCAGAGGUUGGCUGGUGAAUUUUUGAAAACUGAUUAUUUAUUUCUUGUUGUUGGACACAUGGGUGGAGCUUGCAGUGAUGUGCAGCAAAAUGUUCUUCAGGUUUCUGAGUAUUCCAAGAGGGAUAAACUCAUAGAAAUUCUGCAAAACAUAG